CCUGCAAAGAGAGGUUAACGUUUAGAGUGUGUGGCAGAAGUAAUAAUCGCUACAGAACAAUCUGCAAUGCCAUGCCUACUCCCAAAAAUGACAGUGAACAUAGUGCAAGAGGCACAGCCAGGGGUUGUCCUGUGGAUCACAAAGGAAGGCAGAAGGGACCCGGUCCAGCAGCCAAUGUACUGUCACUACCCCCACUAGAGUCUCAGGAGCACCAUUCCUCCUCAUCAGCUUGCAUGUAUGAGACCCACCCAGGUCGACCCCUCAGUACUAAAAACCUCUCCCCUGUUCCCACCCCUCUGUCCAUGGUUGAGCUCCCCCGACUUGUGGCAGAGGUGGCCUCUGAGCUGGCAAUGGGGGAGACACCGUGGACUGAGGGACCUCGUCUGAUGGCUUCAGCACUGGGGACUGAUAUACCUGUCGAAGCCACUCUGGUGCCAUUAAAGGAACCUCCACCUGACAGAUUUACAGUUCAUGGAGAUGUGUCCCGGAUGAAGAUGGCUGAUCAAGACGAAGGCUCAGAGGCAGGAAAAGAUGUAAAGCACGGAGAGCCUCUGACUGGCUCAGAGGUGUUGGAAAUGUUUGCAAAGAACCGACAUCUGGGAAAGCUUCAGUUUUUCCACUUGCAACCUGUGAAUGUUGGCCCAUACAGACCAUAUGACCUUCGCGUGAUCCCUCAGAAUAGAGUGGACAAUGAGCACUUCAUAUUCUCCCCAACCUCUGUGCUGCAUGUAAGGGAUGGAUGCAGUGCUGGGUUCCUCUCUCUGGCAGAGUGGAAUCGGGAGGCUGUGCUAUGGAGAGCCUUACAGAAUAUCCCAUUUUUCAGGGUCUAUCUACUUCGUAGGGCAUUCAUCAAGUGGCACAGAAAUGUGCGGAAAAUCAGUCUUCAGAGGAAGUGUGAAGAGCUGCAGGGUCUCCUACUCAUGGCUGUACCCCAGUUCAGAGACGCUCUCUUUAAUUUCUCUAGACUGAUUGAAGAAUUGAAAGAGGUUCACUGGUUGCCACAGGAUGAACACACCACCUACACCCUUCUGGACUUCCAGAAGACCCUUUUGAAAAAGAACAUGGAGUGUCGGAGGCUUCUGGACAGAAUCUUGCAGUAUCGUACUCUCAUCCUCAAUGUGGUCCAGGAGGACAGCUAUAAGGCUCACCAGGAACUGCGGUUAUGUGUGGAACGCUCCCAGCUCAACCAGGGCAGUCAGUCCCUUCACCUCCAGCUGGCUCACCUGAAAGAACUGAAGAAAGAGCUGGGCCAGGCAGAGAAUGUCCUGCAGCGACUGGGAAACAUUGCUGCGCUGGCCGAUCAGAUGAUCGUGCAGAGCCUCGUCACGAUUACCAACAGAGAGGUUGCCUCUUUCCUCCAUAAUGUCAUGAAGAGAAAACGGCCCGAGCAGGGAAGUCUCUUCCAAGCAGAGCUGAUUUUUGGAGCAGAUGGUCAGUUGACCCUGUUCCCACCCAUGCACUUGUUCCAGGAGGUGUUGAAAGGGGCACUACUGUCAGUGGCAGACUCUGCCCUUCAGGUAUUUGACAUUUACUCUGCUGACACAAAGGAAUGCGUGUCUGCCAGCCCCUCCCUCACCAGUGAUGCACAGGAGCCGACCCCUGACCUGAACCUGGUUUGUUGCAGUGGGACUACUGGUGUCACAGAGUCCGGGGAAAAGGACAGUGAGAUGACUGGGGUCAGCAACUUGUCUAAUAAGUGUCAGCCUCACCCUGACCUAUGGGCUCCCAGGCUGGUGCUUCCGAAACAGAGCCCUCUGAGGAUCCAGGGCCAGAGGCUGAGAGGACAGUACUACCCCCCGUCCAGGAAACAGCUGGAAUGGCAGCUCAGCCUCAACACUGAGACCAAAGAGGCUCAGAGAGAGCAGGCCAGAAUCAUGCAGGAGGCUCAGCUUGAAAUUCAGCAGCUGUGUGAGAGACACUCCUGGUUGUUUGACAUCCAUCUGUUCACCAGUCAAUGGAGUCCAGCUUCUCUGGAGGCCAUGAGGGGCAUGCCUGUGUUACACUAUGAAGAACACAUUCAGAAGGUGCGCUUCUGGACUGACAGGGUGCGCUCAGUGCCAGCCUCUUUCACCACCACCAACAAGCUGCUCAUCGUCAACUGCUCCCACAUCCUGGAGAAUAUAGAGGAGGAUAUACAGACUCUGAUGAUUGAGGAGCUGAAGCUGCGCUCUGAGAAGUUGAUAGUAGAACUUAAAAGAGCUGUGGAAGGCCUCAGGGUGGAACCCACAGACUUCAACGACUUCACCCACUAUGCUAGCAUGGUGAAACGCUAUGAGAACAUGUCAGAUGACAUGCAACAACAAUUAGACUACCUGCACUCGCUCCAGGAAACAGUUCGCUCUAAUUACAGACAGAUGAGACCUGAUGAGCUGUUAUUGGAGGAACAGAUGCUGGACCUCUGGGACAUCUUUGUUCCUCUCCUCAAGCGGGCUGCAGAGACAGUAUGCCAGUGUCUUCCCUCCAUGGCUGACACCCUGGACAGAACCUUCUCCUCCCUGACCCAUGACCUGGACGAGAUGGUGACCAAAGCCACGUCUGGACCAUAUCUGGACCCCACUCAGAAUGCAGCGUCGAUGCUCAACACGCUCCAGGUCCUGGGCAGACAGGUGUCUGCUGUCUCUGCUCGCUUGGAAGAGCUCAGCAGGACCAGUAAAAGUCUCCGAGGAAACCAUCUGGAUUUGACUUUCGUGACAGCGGCCUGGCAGAAGAUGGAAGCCCGCAAAAGUCUGUGGGAGUUGAUGGUGGCUUCCUCUGCACAGAUCCAAGAGUGGAGGCUUUUGCUUUUCAGCAAGUUUGUUGUGUCAAGAGCCCAGGAGAAGGUGGCUGAGUGGCUGCAACAAGCGGUAUCCCUAGCUAGGACCAUCCCUUCCCAGGAUGCUGUGCUGCAGGAGACCCUGGGGAUCCUGGAGUCCUUCAACCAGCAGCUGCCUGUACUGGCCGAACUUAGCAGCCCCACCCUCAAACACAAACACUGGAGGAACAUCUUUAAAGGUAUGGGUUUACUAUAUGCACCUGAGUGGAACCUCACUGUAGCUGACCUGAUGUCCAAGAAGCCUUUAGAGCACCAGAGUAAGAUCAACAAGAUUUGCCGGGAAUCGAAGGCAGAGGCAGACAUGGAGCAGACCUUCCGGAAACUUCAGAGAGGCUGGGAGGGGGCACUGUUCCAUAUGGCCAAGUUCAUAGUCACAGUUUGUCAGCAAGAUAAGCCACAGCUUGGUGCCACAUGGAGAAAGAAGCCCACUAAUUGCCUGGUCUCAAACUACCAAACUCUGAAACAGCAUUCUCUUGACAGCGGCACAUUCACCAUUAUUGGUCUGGAGACACUUCUGGCUCAGACAGAGGACAGUGUAAUGACUCUGUCCAACAUGCUGCUCUCUCCUCACGUUGCCGAGUUCAGGCAGGAGGUGGAGCACUGGGUGCAACAGUUGCAAGAACUGGAGGAACUGCUUGAUUUCAUUGAAAGGUACCAGCAGAAGUGGAUCUUCCUUAGCAAAGAGUUCUAUAAAACAACUGUCAAUGUUCAUAAGGCAGAACUGUUGGAGGUGUUCCAUCCUGUGGAUAACACCUUCAGGGAGAUGAUCCAGUCCACACUAAGUGACCCACAUGUUCUGAACCUAGUGUGCCCCAGGAAGACAGCAGAGUUGACCCACAGCUUCCACGGACACAGCCUCCUUGCUCUCCUCUCAGAGGGUCUAUACACAAUGGACGGCAUCACCAACCAGCUGCUGUACCUCCUGGACUCACCCCGUAGUGAGUUUCCAAGGCUCUGCUUCCUGAGCGACGGGGAGGUGAUCAGACUCCUCUCCCUUCACCCCACACCCUCUGCUCUGCUCCCUCUGGUGCGUAGGUGUUUCCCAGGGGUGCGCUGGCUGGAGGUGGACAGCGACCGUGACGUGACCCCAGAUGAGACUGAUCUGAGCAGUGGCUUAGAUCUGUCUGACACCCAUAUGUGGGUACGGGGGGUGUAUGGGAGAGCCAGGGAGCACGUGGCCUUCCUCUGCCCUCUGGAACCCAGCCCUAACCCGCUGCCGUGGCUGUGUCUCCUGGAGCAGCAGCUCCAGCAGGCCAUGAAGCUGCUCAUGAAGCAGUGUGCUGUGUCUUGGCAACAGGUUCGGUCAUUGGAACAAGACCUGGAUCGGGAGAAGAAAGUUGGAGAUUCCCUGUCCCCUGACCCCUUCAGAUACCACAGUCCAUCAAGCUCCCUUAGAAAGGAGGGUGGUGAAGCUGAAGGAGGAAACGAUGUGUGGAGUAUCAUCUCUAACUACCCCCUCCAGUGCCUGCUGGUGGCUGAAGAGGCUAUAUGGUCGUGUGAAGUUCUGAGGGCUUACCGGGUCUCAGCUCCGGUCAAGUGGUCCCUCAUCAAGGCUAAAAAUGCUUCCAAACUCCAGAACUUGUGCCAAGCAAUACGGGACGGCAUCACAGGUGACACUGACAAAUCAAUGAUAACCCAUCGUAUGGUGACUGUUCUGCGUGCUCUAGUGCUCCUCACUAUGAAUCACUCUCAGCAGUUAUCUAUGCUCAUGAAGGUUAAGUGUGAUCUGGAGUCCUCUUUUGAGUGGCAAAGUUUGAUGAAGUACCAUAUUGUUACAGAAAAUCAGACAUCUACACAGGAGGGCCACCAUGAUUCUAAGGAGCAGCUGUGUUAUGCUGAAAUCCUGGGCAUGCAGCUGUCGUAUGGCUAUGAGUAUCUUGGCCCAGAGCACUGGAUGAUAGUGAAUAACCCCUCCACGGAUAGAGCUGUACUGGGGAUCCUCUUGGCUUUGACCAGCUACAGGUGUGGCUUUGUAAGUGGACCUUGCAUGUCUGGAAAGAGGAAGACUGUGGUUCAGUUAGGAAGAGCCCUGGGACAGCAGGUCAUCUCCUUACGGUGUUGUUUCAAUUCAAGUCCCUCCAUCAUCCAGCAGAUGCUUGUUGGUGCCCUUAAGACUGGGUCGUGGUUGGUGUUGGACUCUGUGGACCUGAUGACCCAGGGAGUGCUGUCCCAACUAGGGCAACAUCUUGCAGAUAUUCACCAGUCCCUCUCCUUCCUGCUUAGAAAUACACAGCAGAAAAGCUUUGAGACCCAUACAGAGCACUCUUCUAGUUUAUCCUACCCAAACAAAGAUAUUACAGAUUCACUAAGAGACAGCCAGGGCAACAUUCAGAAAGAGUGCAAGAAAUCCAAUGAGCUUGACUGCCAAAUUGCUUUUGCUGGUCAAAACAUAUUUGUCAAACUGAGCUAUGGCUGUGUAAUAAUUUCAUCCAGAGGUUACAAAACAGAGGUUCCAGAGAAUCUGCGAGUGGCGACCAGGCCCAUAUCGUUGGCCUACCCUGAUUGCAGGAUCCUUGCAGAAGUCUUGCUAACCUCUCUGGGCUUCUCAGAGGCUCUGUCUAUAAGCCAACGACUAACCUCCCUGUUUAGCCUGGCUAAAGACUCUCUUUGUCUCCCUGAUUCUGUCAGUGGUGACCAUACAUCCUGGAUGGUACUUCUAAGAAAUGUCAUUGCUGCCUCUGGGUCCCACCUACACAGCACCAGCCAGCUGGAGGUCCAUAAAGAGAAAGUGUUGAGGGAGGAACCUGCCACUCUUCAACUUCCACAGGACCACAAACCACCUGAGACAGAUGAAAGACACAGCGGUCUCCAGGCUUCCCACAACAAGCAUGCUGACCAACUCAUGCAAGCUGUGGUAGAGGAGCAAGCGAUUGUCAGUGGUGUUUUGUCAGUCCUGCUAUCGGCUAUCUUUGAACAGAAGAAAGCGUUGCAAUUCCGCACCAUAUUUGAAGAGAUCUUUCCAAUAGCACGUUCCCACCCUGUUCUCCAACAGUACAUUGAGGACGAAGGGGAACAGAGCCUCCUAAUGUCAGCCGUCACAGAAGAGCUGCAGCAAACUGGGUUUCACGCUGAUACCACAGUGCUUUGCAGUGCCCUUACACUUUACCAGGCUAUGAAGCUCUCACGAGCAGUUCUGCUGGUAGGCCCUGCUGGGAGUGGAAAGACCACCUGCUACCGUGUACUGUCUGGAGCACUGCGGAAGCUGGCAGCCAGUGCAGUGGAAGUUGAGUUUGAUAAGGUUCUCACCAGUGAAGGAGAUGGAAUGGACACCAAUUACCAGUCCUCUACUACAAACUGGAGCUCCGUUGACACUGUGGUGAUAUUCCCAAAUGCUUUGUCACAUGAGGAGCUCUUUGGGGGCUGCUAUGGCCAGCAAGGCUUCUGGUCGGAUGGAGCAUUUACUAAAGUACUGAGAGACUCAGAGCGGCAUGACUUCUCAGCCAGCACAAGGAAGGAGUAUCUAUUGAGUAAGGAAAAGUGGCUGGUGAUGGAUGGAGACCCUAUAGGGCAGCCUGGUUGGUUGGACCCUUUCAGUACCCUCUGCAACCCUGAGGACCCCUUUCUGUGCCUGUCUUCUGGAGAGAAGAUCAGGCCAUCCCACGAGGAGCUCAAACUAUUGGCAGAGGUCACAGAUCUGGGAGAUGCAGCCCCUUCCGCAGUGACCCGCUGCAACCUGGUGUAUCUUUCUGGAAAAGACCUGUGGAAGGCUGUGUGGAAGGUUGAAAUGGACGCUCUCUACAGAGAACACACUCUGGAUCCGAGGACCCUGAAGAUGUGGAACCGUUUGGCUGAAGACCUUUUCUCUAGCACACUCACUUUCAUUAGGCACAAGGCCUUCACACCUGUCAUGCACGUUGAAGGAGAUGGAUCCAGUAAAUUCAACAAAAGCAUCACUUGUGGACUGCAAGAGGUUAAUUCAUUCAUCAGGAUCUUACAUGCCCUCCUGGAGCAGUUUGGUAAAGGACGGGGGUUAAGAGCUACACAAAGGACUUCAGAUAAAAGAGAAAUGACCAGAGGUCACCCAACAUGCAGAGAUGCCCUGAUCCCCACCACUCAGCAAGACAUUCAAGCCAGAAACCUCUUUCUAGUGGCCUAUGUCUGGGGCUUUGGUGGACACCUGCAUCCCAGACACUGGCCCCAGUUUGACUUGCUAGCUCGUGAUGCACUGUUUAAGAGCCGGUACAGAGUGGAGGUUCCUUCUGAAGGGACAGUCUUUGAACACUUUUUUAACACGAGCGAGGGAAUGAUGGGAGACAAUACCAACCCCAUCAAUUGUUCCAGGAGCAAGAGCCCACAGGUUAACUAUACGACUAUCCCACAGUAUGAGAAACAUGCUUAUCUGCUGGACCUGAUGUUGGAGGCCCAUCAGCCAGCACUGCUGGUGGGAGAGGCUGGCUCAGGGAAGACCAUGCUGUGCCGGUCUCUGUUGAGUCCCGACAGGCCACACAUUCGCCUGCCUGCCAGCCCACGCCUAACAUCCAUCGACCUGCGCAACGUGCUGGAGAGCAUGCGCUGCCAGGAGGCCCAGCUAGGAACCAUGGAUACAAUGAAUAAACAGCUUGGCCUUCUCCUGUUUGUGGAUGACAUUCAUGAAGCCCCAUGUGAUGCUUUUGGCAAGACAUCCAUGGCUCUGGAGACACUGCGGCAGUGUAUUUCCCGGGGGGGCGUUCUGACAUCAGAUGGUUUACAUUUCAAGCUAUUUAGUUCCGGAGCCAUCAGCUACUUGGCUACCUGCUGCCCAUUUGGAGCUGGCAACCAAACUGAUUGCAAUCGUAUUUCUUUGCGUCUCUCCCGUCACUUCUCUAUUUUGGUGCUGCCCAGCUUGUCUGCAGAUGUUGUGUUCUCCAUCCACUCUCCACAGCUACAGAACUGGCUCAAAGAGUUUCCAUGCAUGCCUAGGCACGCAGAUAUGGCACACUGUAUCAUCAGCGCAACCUUUGAACUGUAUCAGGCCGUGUGUGAGCACUUCCAACCCUGUGUGCGCAGGCCACACUUCCUGUUCUCAAUGCAUGACCUGAAAAAGGUGUUUCAGGGAAUGUGCUUAUGGUCUCCAUGCAAUACAAACAGACAGCAACUCCAGAAGAUUAGUCUAUGGGUUGCUCACUCUUCCUCAGCCUUGCCUUGCUUCGCUCCAGCCACCCUGGGUCCUGUAGCCAACGUGCUCAACAUAGCUCGUCUCUGGAUGCAUGAGUGUCUGCGCACAUUCGGAGACCGUCUGUGUUCAGAGGGUGAGAGCCAAGCUCUGGUGUCAUUGAUGGCCAAUGUGUCAGAGAGAAACUACCGCAGCAGGGUAGCUAAACCCCAGACUUCCAUAACAGAGGACACUCCAGCUGCUGUACCCCCUCCUACACCAACAGACUACCUUAAGUCAAGCAGUCAGCAAGCAAGCCCUCCAAAGCAGCUUGCCAAGUCCCCUUUACUUAUGAAGUCUGAAACACCCAUAGAACAAGAGGAGUUUUCUGAAAGGGCGAGCAGCGCAAACUCUAGCUCGUGGAACAGUAGUGAGGAACAUUUAUUAGGUGAGAUCCACCCCACGAAACAAGAACAUACAAAGAAAAAGCAAAAAAAGAAACCUGUCAGGAAAGAUAAGUCUGGCUUUCGGACCACACCGCUAACGUCAGGCUCACCUCCAACCCUGGUCCCCUCUCCUCCAAAAGGGCCUAAACCAGCCAGUCAGUCAGAGUGGAAGAGGAGCCAUAAGCUGUGCGACGUGACUCCACAGGCCGAGAGCAGUGACUCAGCGGAGGCCAGCAUGGCGAAGUCUCUCGUGCCUUUACAACUGCUGCAGGACAUGGAGGCUACUAUUCAACAUGUGGUCUUCAGCGCAGACCUGUCCGAGCGCCUCCCUUCCAUGUCACCGCAGCACAGUCUCAAACGCCACUCAGCCUAUUUGGAAAGAGACCCGGAGUUACUAGUGCAGCAGCUGGCCUCACGCGUCAAAAGCAAUGAGGAAGAGGAGUUUGAUCACCACCACAGUAGCGGCUGGACUUACAUGGUGCACAGACAGAGGGCGUUUCAGCUGACGCGUCUCCUCAGGGCUCUGCUCAUACCUGGCGGCCACGCGGCUCUCUUCGGGGCUGCGAGUGGCACGGGCCGAAAGACCACGGUGCGUUUAGCCGCCCGUCUCACCGGCUACCAGCUGAUGGAGGUGCAUCGUGGGAAUGAGAGUCAGCUGGACGAGAUACUGCGGGAAGCGGGUGACGAGGCGGGUGUGCACGGUGGCAGUGUGGUUAUUCUGGUCCACGAGGAUACUGGCCAGGCCGUCAGAGAUGCACUGGUAGCGGUGAUGGCUGACGGAACCUACCCAAGGCUCCACUCUGAUGAGGAGCUGAAGAAUCUGGUACUGAGGAUCAACGCUCUCAUUACAAACUCACGCAAUCGCCUUAGAGAUGACCAGGCCCUUGAGAAGUAUUUCAGACAGAUCCAGAGGAAUCUGCAUGUGUUCCUGCUGCUACCUUUCUUUCCAGACACCAGAGACACGCAGCCAGGCUUAGUAAACCCUACGGCUGCACAAAUGACCAAAGCUCUGAGCCUCUGCUGCUGUGUUGAGGUGUACAGGCCUUGGUCCACCCAGUCUCUUGUUGAGGCAGCUUCUCACCGACUCAGAGGGAACCUGCAGAUACCUGGCACAGAAUGCAAUGUUAUAGACCGAGAGGGCUUGGUGGGCAGUAUUUCUGAGACCAUGGCAGGGAUUCACCAGUCAGCCUGUAAAUAUGCCUCCAUCCUCCUCCCGGACCUCCAGCCGUUCAGCCCCCAGUCCUUUGUGGAGCUGAGCGCUAACUUCUUCCACCUCUGCAGUCACCUGUGUGAACAGGGCCGCUGCCAGGCUAACAGAGUGUCAAGGGUCAUGGCACUUGUGAAAGGCAUGACAGACACAGCUGAGCAGCACUGCCUGGAAAUUGUCGAACUGAAGGAAAAGUGUGCAGAAAGACAAAAGAGUCUGCAUCGUCUGAAGCAAGUGACAGACACAGAGCGGACGCUGUGCGAGCGAGCCCGGCAGCAGUGUCUGCUGCAGGAGAGCAAACUGUCUCACAUGGAGAAACAAAAUAAUGAGGUCCAACUGCAGGCAAAUGACGCCUUCAACGAGGUUAGCCCUCUGUACCAAACAGCCCUCAAUGCUCUUCAGUCUCUCAGCCCAGCAGACCUGGAUGAGGUACGCCGCUACAGAUUCCCCCCAGACGGAGUGGUUCUGGUCAUGGACGCCAUAUGCAUGUUAUUCAAACGGCCACCCAACUGGGAGAAUAGCAAACAGCUACUGGGGCAGUCCAACUUCUUCCAGGAGUUGGAGUUCUUUGACCGGUCCAGGUUGAGCGACGACCUGUUCCACCAGUUGGGCCAGAUCGUGCAGAGGCCAGAGUUCCUGCCGGAGUGUGUGCGCGGCGUGAGCCGGGCAUGUGAGUCCCUGUGUUGCUGGGUGAGGGCAGUGUACCAGUACGCCUGUGUCCAGCACCACAUGGCCCCCCAGGAGGCCCGGAAGAACCAGCUGGAUGCGCGCAUGGCAGAGAGCCGGGCCCGGCUGCGCACAGCCAGGCUGCUGGAAGAGGAGGCCCGGGAGCGUCUGGAGGACACGGAGAGACAGCAGCGGCUCCUCAGACGGGAGCUGGAGGAGCUGACUGGCCAGCUGCACAAGGCUGAGUCCCUGCAGAAGAAGGCUGCUUCCGCACUACAGGAGGUCCAAUGUCACGUCACUGACUGGACGGCUGCAGCAGAGGAAGCAGAGAUGAAUGACCAAAACAUAUCCGGGGACGCCCUGCUCCUGGCAGCCACUCUUACCUACCUGGGUCCCUUUGGGCCAGACGGACGGAUGGAGCUACUGGGGCAGUGGAGGGAGCUGUGUCUUACCGGAAACAUUAACAUCCACCCCGAGGACCCCAGGGCCUCUUUACUCCCUACCUCUACCCCUAUAUUCAGUGGACCCCGUGAGGCCCCUCUCCGUGUCCCCAUCCCUAUGGGAGCAGAGCUGCACGUGACCAUGGCUAGGGCCCUGGGGGUGGACCAGCACCUGGUCCUCAGAGUGCAGCCCAGGCUGGUGCUCAAGCUUCUGCUGUGGGGGUACAGAGGCCCCUGGGCUCAACACUGGCCCCUGCUGGCAGACACUCAGCAGCAUGAGGACCUGAGUGCCCAGGCCGUGCUGCGGACAGGCCAGCUUCAGGGGGAGGACAGCUCAGCUCAGAGGGAGGGGGAGUAUGAGCUGGUGGUCAGUGCUGAUGAUCUACACCUGCUGGACAACAUCAGACAGGGUGCAGAGAAAGGUUGGAGAGUAUUGGUGACCCACAUGGAGCGAGCAGUCCCCAGUCCAGAGUUCCUGGAGAUGUUGAUGCGGCCGGCAGGGAGACGUUCUCCUGGUGUCACAAGGCCUGUUCUGACGGCCCAUCCAGAGUUCUGUCUGUUCCUCAGCACCCAACUUCCAGUCAGACUCUUACUCAAUGAGAUUCACCCAUCUAUAUUGUCGGAGGUGAGUGUCAUUGACCUUUCCCUGAGCUCCACUGAGGUGCAGCAGCUCAUGUUGUCAGAGCUGGUGCAGUCUGAGUGUCCGGAGCUGUGGGUUCGUCAGUGCCUCCUGGAGACGGACAAGCAGGCACUGCUGCACAAACUGUGCCAGGAAGAGGUGUCUCUGAUGGAGUACAUCCUCCAGACCCUCACGCCUCUGCUGCAGGACUCCGGCUUCCUCCCCCGGGUGUUGGCUUGUCGGACGGCCUCCCAGAAGCUGCAGUCGGAGAUCACAGAGCUGGACCUGGAACUGGAGAGCCACAAGCACCUCUUGGCUGACUUCCAGCGGGUGGCAGGGCUAGCUACAGCCAUCUACCAAGCCUUGCAGGAGGUGUCGCGGCUCUCCCCGUUCUACUACUUCCCCUUGAGGAACUUCCUGUUCACCGUGAGGGAGUCGCUGGUCCCGAAGUGCGGGCCGGGUGUGAGCUGUAGUGGGGAGGUAGUGACGGGCGCGGUCAUGUUGGAGAUAACACACAGGAUGGUGGCCCACCUGUUGGCCCAGUACCGACCCUCCCUGUUCCAGAACCACGCCGUCCUGCUGAGACUCCUGGUUUCUGUGGCAGUGUCCCUCCACACAGACGACUGCAACGAGGUGGAGCGGGUGGCUUUCCUCACAGGCCUGGGGGACGCGGAUGUCCCAGUGGAUGCUUCUACAUCAGCCCUGUCUUCACCCUCCGCCUCGCCAUCUCAGCACCGUGGUCUUCCCAGCUGGUUGCCUCCUCACACCCGCGACAAGGUCCUCCGGCUGCAAAACAUCUCGGCCUUCGCAGGGCUGCUGUCGUCCCUGGAUGCCUCACCCGACCAGUGGCGGGAGUACCUGCGUUUCCCGUCUUCCACGGUGGUGGGUCCUGUCCCCUGUCGCUCCCAUUCCCACCUGUCCACCCUGCAGAGGGCUCUGCUCUGGAAGGCCGUGCUGCCUGACUGGCUGGCUGCGGUGGCAGAGGACCUGGCUGCCUGUCUCCUGGGUUGGACCAUGGGGUCAGCCUUGCCAGGAGCCCCUCGCACCGGCUCGCCGGAAGCCCUCACCCGCUUCCUGGUCAAACGCGAGGGGCCGGUCAUAGUCACACUCCCAGGCCCAAGCAAAGAUGAAUGGGCUAGCAUCCAGCCACUCUGCUGGCUGAAACAAGUGGCCCAGUAUCAAGCAGACAAGAGAGGGUUGAAAGUCAUUACAUUUGGAGCCAAAUGCCAGAAGGAGGUCAUCCUCUCGGCACUAGAGAUGGCUGUUCAUGAUGGCCAUUGGCUGGUCUUUAACAACUGUCAUCUGUUAGACCAAUGGGAUGAUGAAGUGGUUUGUCAACUCAAUCAGUUUAUUACCUCUGCAACCAGUGGUGUGGAGGCAGACCAGGGUCCGGUUGGGCCAUCUAGCCAGGUCCACCCAGGCUUCAGACUGUGGUUCAUCACACGAGGACACACCCCACUCUCCAUACCAGCGUCGGUCAGAAUGUGUGCCCUGCGACUGGUCUGCGACUCUUCCUGGGAUGUAAAGGAGGAACUGUGCUCUUCCCUGCAUCAGGUUGUGUCUGUUACUCCAUCUGGCACGACCUCUGAUGUCACGACCUGCAGCGUUGAACCCCAGCUACGCUGUGCCAUCCUGCACUCUGUUCUGCUGCAGCGACAGGCGUACAAACACCUAGGCCAGGGAAACAGCUAUCAUUGGACUCAGGAGGAUCUGCUGGCGUUGCUGGAUGCUCAGGCCCGCAUCGCCAAACCCUGUGGAGACCCAACUGGUACACUGGAAUACAUAGCAGCCAAGCUGGUGUAUGGAGGCCAUGUGGAAGACUGGGCAGACCUGGCGGCAGUGGAGAGUGUGUCUAGGGCAUGUCUGAGAGCAGACACUCCUCUCUGGGGCAGUGGGCCUCACACCCUCUCAGAUAUCAUCCACAUACCUGGCUGCUUUGACUCUGCAGGUCUACUGAGAGGUCUAGAGCAACGUGUUCAGGCAUUGGCUAACACUGGUGACCCCUUAUUGCUGGGCUUUAGUGCAGGUUUGAUAGGAGAGCUUGUUAAGGUUCACAGCCAAAACUUGAACAUCCUGCUGCAAGAAUCCCAGAAGCCAAUGGGCAGCAUCAGGAUAUGUUGCACAAACGAGGUGACCUGCCCUGCUGUACUACCGGAAUUACACCAGGCCCGAGAUAGACUACAGGCCCUGAAAGACAACCUCGUCCACAAGGAGCACAUCUGGGUGGUGAGUGCAGGAGCUCCAUCCCUGGGUCCCCUACAUAGCUUCCUCCAGACAGAGUGGGAUGGUCUGGUUGAUGUGGUUUCUUCCCUGCACUCUGAGCUCAGCCAGCCCACGCCAAACAGCAAGCAAAGUGUCUCCUCUCUCCUGACUCUGUCAACCCUUCUAGAGAAGAGAGCGGAGCUGCUCAAGACCUACCUUUGUGAUGAAUCUACCAGUGGUCUGUCCAAUGUCUACCACCUGUCAGCCUUCUGUAACCCCAGGGGCUUCCUGGGAGCAUUAAUCAGGGAGGCUGCCCAGGCCAAGCAGAGGGACAUCAGCAACAUCUUUCUGCAUUUCCAAGUGCUGAGUGCUGCAACAACCCCAGCCUCUGUUCCCCUGAGUGGUGUUUACGUGUGUGGCCUAGAGCUAAGAGGGGCAGUGUGGGAUGUGCAGCUUGGAGCCCUUCAGGACACGCUGUCCCCACAGCCCUGCCCGCUUCCCCUCCUCUGGGUCAGAGCUCGGGUGAGGAACACGGGCACUCUACAAGCCUCAGACAGUUCACCUGAAAACUGCUCCUCCCUACCCAUCUACCACUGCCCUGUGUACCUGGACAGACAACAAGAGGAUAGAACAUACUGGGAACUCGCUGACAACAACAUAAUCACCUGUGUUCCACUUACGGCUAAGCUAGAUCCUGUGCUAUGUACAUUGAGAAGAGUGAGGCUUGUGAGUACCCUUUGACACUAGACAGCACAUUGCAAUGCUGAAUGUCUACUGAAGCACUUAAGAGACUCAAGGUUAGUUUUCUUUUAAAAACAGAUUUGGUUUAAUAAAGAAAUCGAGAAUCAUUGUGCACAAAUGCAAAACCAUUACAAAUGCAAAACUGUUAAAAAAUAAAUCUUGAUUUAAUAAAAGUAUAUUAUUUC